AUGACGGGGCAUAACGACCGUUAUUAUGUCUAUUCCAUUUUUGUAACAGUAUUUUAUUUUUGUUUUCAGGAUAAUCUUGACACUGACUUUGAUGCAGGCGGAGAAGUGUCAGUUGGACUGACAGCUACCACAAUAGUCUCUCAGUGGACGUGGGCAGCUGGCCUGCUACAAUCGUCCACAGUAACGGCUAAGUAUGGGAUUAGCGGAGCAUUUUGGUAUGCAUCUGGGGCCACUAUACAGAUCAUUCUCUUCGCCAUGGCGUCCAUUGAAUUGAAGAUACGAGCUCCUGGGGCCAAAACCUUUUUGCAGGUCAUACAAGCGAGGUUUGGCAAAAAGGUCCAUGUGGUGUUUUGUUUUUUUGCUCUAUUGACAAAUAUUAUUGUUACAGCAAUGUUGAUGUUAGGUGCUGCUGCUGCCAUGACAACACUAGUAGAAUACUUAAGCUUAGAGUUAGCUGCAAUGAUUAUAGUGGCUGUUAUUGGUGGAUAUACAUUUGUUGGUGGACUUGGUGCUACAUUUUACGUCUCAUAUUUCAACACAACUUUAAUAUUCAUCAUUAUCCUUAUAUUUGUGAUGAAAAUUUACAAUGAACCUGAUGUGGAAGACAAUCCUCUUGGCACACCAGACAAAGUUUACAAUUUACUCAAUUGUGCUAUUGGUCCAGACAGCAACCAAGAUAAUAGUUAUCUAACAUUCCUGUCAAGAGGCGGUCUAAUGUUCGGUAUAAUUAAUGUGGUGGGUAACUUCGGCACAGUUUUUGUAGACCAGUCUUAUUGGCAAAGCAGCGUGGCAGCCAAACCAAGACAAGGCAUUUGGGGAUUUAUCACUGGUGGACUUACAUGGUUUGCUAUACCAUUCACUUUUGCCACUACUAUGGGACUGGCAUAUGUGGCUUUGAGCACAGCAAACGGAGAAGAUCUAUUGACUGAGAGUGAAGUAAAUGAAGGGCUUGUACCUCCAACUGUGGCAUAUAUACUCAUGGGAAAAGUUGGCGCUAUAUUGAUGACGUUGAUGAUUUUAAUGGCUGUGACGUCGACGGGGUCUGCAGAAGUUAUUGCAGUGGCUUCAAUCUUGGUAUACGACCUUUAUCAGAUACACUGGAGACCAUACCGGGCAGUGGUUGACGCAAGGAGUUGUUUACUAUGUGGAAAGCAUCGUGACCGAGCAGAGAAUAAAGAUAAUCAGUGUGAAUGUUACAGCAUGUCUCAGUGCAAAAGAUGUGGGAUAGAUGACAGACAAAUGACACCACCAGGAGAUUUUAAAUGCAUGACUUAUAGGCUAACUUGUGUACGAAGCGUGUAUUUAGCAAAGUAUUCGCAGACUUUCAGUAGAGGUGACGCCGCGACCAAGGAGACGGUUAGCCUUGGUUGGGUGUAUCUAUUCAUGGGUGUGGUUAUAGGGUCUAGUGUGGUACCGAUAGCGCUGACCGUUUUCUGGACAAGGUUGAAUGGUAAAGGUGCAACCAUAGGCACAGUUGGGGGUACACUGUGUGGUCUAACUGCAUGGUUAGUCACAGCAUCGACAUUCGAUGGUGGAUUGAGUUCGGAUGUGUUCCUAACAAAUACAGGACAGGAACUCAGUAUGUUGAAUGGUAACAUCGUGGCAAUACUGACAGGCGCUAUUCUAACUAUCGCUGUGUCUAUUACCACCAACCGUCACAUGACUGAUGAGCAGAAGGAAGAAGAAUGGGAGAAGACACGUGACAUUGAUAACCCCCUGCUUCCCUGGGCUGACCGAUAUGCCAGCGAAAUCGGGCACUACGAUUCUAAGCGUUUGUCUAACCGACCUGAGUUGAAACUAGUGGAGAAAACGUUCAGGGUUGCCAAGAUUGCAGCGAUAGUUAGCGCUGUACUUUUGACAGCAAUCCUUAUAAUAAUAUGGCCUGCCUCUAUGAUCGCUAUUAAUGUUAUGGACGCUACUGAGUUCAACAUCUGGGUCGGUGUGUCCCAAGGCUGGGCGUGGAUUGGUGCCGUGUUCAUCAUUAGUGUACCGAUCAUAACUGAAGUCUACACCAUUGUUAAACAAGUGAUUCGUAACCGAUACAGCCACGAUGACGAACAAAAGUUGAGCAAGGAUAAAUGUUUGUCACAAUAUACACAGACAAAUCUCGUUUAUGGGGAUGACAAUGACGAUAAGAUUAAGGAAGCAGCAUUUUAA